UGUUCGUACAUGAUUUCACAGUUUGCUGCAACUGCUCUACUAACAUGGAAUCGAACACGGAUAUUCAGGAAAAUAUGCUGCCGCUAGAGAAUGCCUUGGAAAACGUUCCGCAACCAUCUUCCAUUGAACAGGCGGAGGCCGAAAGGCGUUUCGUGGAACGGAAAGAGUUUCAGGACGAUUUGUAUAGACACCGGGCGAAACAGCUAGAAUUUCUCGAAAAGAAACUGUCUGGUUUUGCUGGUUUUAUGCGGGAAAUUAAGAAGAAAAAACCUGGAUUCCAGAAAAAAGCCGGUGUGAAACCAUUGCAAAACAUAAAAAAUGUCCGCAGCAAUUCGCCCGAUGAUACCGUGUUCGAUGAAACUCCUUCGUACAUAGAAGGUACGAUGCGGGGUUAUCAGGUAGAAGGACUCAACUGGAUGAUUUCCCUGUACCAAAAUGGUCUGAAUGGCAUCUUAGCCGAUGAGAUGGGGCUCGGGAAAACCAUUCAGUCCAUUUCCAUGAUCGGUUAUCUGAUGAAUGUUCGUGAACUAAAGGGUCCUUUUCUAGUGGUUGUGCCGCUUACUACAAUCGAUAAUUGGAUAAAGGAAUUUGCAAGAUUUCUUCCCUCAGCGAAUGUCCUGAGGGCGCACGCAAUUGGUGACCUGAAACAAGAGAUCUUUAAAAAGCUAAAAGCUACACGACGUUCAUGGAACGUGGUCGUCACGAGCUACGAGUUUUUGGUUCGUCAUAAAUUUUACUUUUCAAGAAUCAACUUCCACUACGCUAUCAUCGACGAGGGCCACCGGGCAAAGAAUGAGAAUACACUUUUCCCUCGAACGUUGCGUGUGUGCCACAUUCAAGGUAUGAUCAUGCUGACCGGUACACCAAUCCACAACAAUCUGCAUGAACUGUGGGCCCUGCUGAAUCUGCUGAUGCCACUGUUCUUCAACAGUGCUGACAAUUUCGAUAGCUGGUUCAAGGUGGAGGACUGUAUCGAUCCGCAGCAUGAGCAGACGCGCCGGUUGCAAAACCUCCUGAAACCACUCAUGCUACGACGGAUUAAGAGCGAAGUGUGUCCCGAUAUUCCACCCAAAGUUCGCAUAACUCUGUUCAUUCCACCCACGGAAGAGAUCUGCGUGUGGUCGAAAAAAAUACUUGAGAGAGACGUUCAGAUCUUAAAAUCUAAUGGCUUUCUCGGGCAAUACCGUAUAUCCAACGUUUUUCCGUACCUUAGACAAUCGACGCUCCAUCCGUAUCUAAUUCCUGGAGCCGAACCGACCGAGCACGGCAAUGAAGUCACGGAACAGAUUGUGGAAUACAGCAGCAAAAUGAUCGUGCUGGAUAGGUUGCUAAAAAGGCUGAAAGAGCGGGGAUCGAAGGUGCUUAUUUUUACGCAGUUCGUCAUGAUGUUGGACAUUCUGAUGGACUUCUUCGACUAUCGCGGUUAUGAGUACUGCGUUAUCCAUGGAAGCACAUCUAUCGAGGAACGGCAAAAACGAAUGGACUCAUUCAACCACCCCGAUUCAGACAAGUUCAUUUUCGCACUGUCAACGCGCGCCGGUGGUCUGGGCAUCAAUCUGGUUGCAGCCGACACCGUCAUUUUUUACGACAUGGAUUUCAACCCGCAGGCGGAUUUCCAGGCGGAAGAUCGAGCGCAUCGUAUUGGGCAGCUGAAGAAGGUGCACAUCUUUCGGUUGUUCGUGCGCGGCACCAUUGAGGAAUCCUUAAAUGCUAUAUCGGAGCGCAAAAAGCAGUUGGAUGAGUCCGUCAUUAAGCGCACUUUGACAAAGCAGCUUCAAAUAGCAGCAAUCGAAUUUCAGCAGAAGAAUCUUUGGUCCGUUGGAACCAUCGAUCCAUCGGCAGUGGAGAACGAAUUGGAUGCUGUGUUUCGUGAGAUGGACACGGAUUCAGGACUGCAGGAGGACUGUGCCAUCGUAGUACCCGGAAUACCCCGCGAAAAUAAUAAUAUUGUUGUUUCGCAGAAGCGCAAACGCGACGAUGAAUUAAUCACCUCCAGCAAACGCAAGCGUGUAGCUGUAAGUGAGAUUUAGAAAAGCCGUUUGUUCGCUUCACUACGUUACCUGAUAACUAUUAUUACCAUUAUUAUUAACAUCAUUCAGGGAAAUUAGUUCCAUCACUGUUUUGCUUUAUGGAUUAUUAUCGUGUUGGGUUAAACACAAAACUUCUUUUUUGUCAGCUUGAAUAUAAUUUAAAUAUGACCUCAUAAAUACUCAUUCCCAAAUAUUGAACUUGAUCGUUUUGUAACAUGAUGCAUGAUUUUCGUUAAUAAAUGUAUUCCUU